AUGCUCUUCUUCACCGUGGUGGCGCUGCCGUCCGUGAUUUGCGGCGUGGCAGCGGCGCUGGUGUGGCUGCCCAGUCGCACCACGGGCUGGCUGGUGAGGCUGGAUGUGGGCCUGGCUUGGUUUGCGGCCCUGGCAACCCUCAUCCUGGUGCCCACCGAUGUUGCGGCGGCGCUGUCCCAGCAAGACCCAGGCCCGCUGGCCGUGUGGUGGCGCGCGGCCUACUGGUAUGGCUUCUCGGUGCAGGUGUUGGUGCUGCCGCUCCACAUGGAGUUUGCUCGGUCGGGAGAGUUCAGCAUCAAGGACCGACUGCUGGCGGCGGCCAGGUACAAUCUGCUGUACUAUGCCGUACUGCUGGCCGUGGCCCUGGCCGGCCUGCUCCUGCUCCUCUUCUCCGGCCGCCUGCAGCCCGCCAACGUGAUCGGCUUCUGCAUCGCAUCCAGCAAUGCAUACGGGCUGGUGGCGGCCAUCUUCUUGCUCGGCUUUGGGCUGUGGGCCGUGCCGCGCGCCCUGUGGAACUCAGCCGAUCGCCGCGGCGAGCAGCGGCGCGUGUACCACAAGGCCGGCCUGCAGGCCGAGCGCGCGCAGGCGGCGCACCGCCGGCUGUCGGCGGCGGUGCUGACGGUGCGCCGCGCGUCUGUGCUGUUUGCGGCGCACGACCCGCUGCGCCCGCUGAUGGAUGUGGUGCUGGGCCUGGCUGCCAGCGUGGGCCCCAGCUUCAAGCUGGAUGCCGGGGUGCAGGUGCCAGACGAGGCUGAGCUGGACGUGUUUGACAGGGCGGACCUGGCGAGGCUGCGGCGGGAGCUGAAGGCCGCCAUGAAGGACUGGGAGCGGGAGCAUGCGCUGUAUCUGGAGGCGGUGCAGGAGCACCUGAACCUGGAGGAGGUGGUGGGCAGGCUGGAGGCCGGCGUGCCGCAGGGCGCGCCCGCCCUGGACCGCAUGCGCUGGCUGCUGCUGGCCGCGCUGGCCGCCCUCUGCUCCCUGGCCAUCGUCGUGGCGGAGGCCACCAUCGCAUGGACGCUGCCAAAUCUGUCUGUGGUGUCGGCGGUGCUGCGCUCCGCCGCAGGCUCCCGCUUUGCCACCGAGCUCCUGUGCUUCCUGUUUCUGGCCUACCCCUGCGCCUGCGCCUACUACAGCCUGUACAGGCUGGGCCGCUUUGCCUUCUACCGCAUGGUGCCGCGCCACACAGACGCCUACUCGCUGUGCUUCUCGGCCCUGCUGAUGUGCCGCUUUGCCGCCCCCCUGGCCUUCAACUUCAUGGCCGCUAUCGCCAUGCCAGAGACCAAGGGCCAUGGCACGCCGGAUGUGACCUCCACUGUGUUCUACUCUGAGUUUGGGCAGCUGAUGAUGCGGCAGCCGCUGAUAGGCUGGCAGUUCACCACCUUUGCCCCCGUGCUGCUGGUGCCCUGGGUGUUGCUACUGGCCAGCGGCGUGUUUGGGCACCUGAUGGCCUUGUUCAAGCGUGGAGACGCGCUUGAGUUUGAGGAUGAAUGGCAGAAUGACGGCUGCGCCGCCGCCGGCCGCCGCCUGCUGCUCCUGGAGUCUGAGAACGUGAGGAAUGGGCUGCCGCCUGGGCUGACUGUGGAGCCCGCGGCCGCAGGCGGAGGAGGCGGCGGCGGCGGCGGCUCGGCCCACGUGGCGGCGGCCGCGGGCGCCGCCACCGGCCUGCUGGGCACGCUGCGCAGCGCGGCGGCGGCCGCAGCGGCGGAGCGGGCGGCGUCGCGGGCGGGCGGGGCGUGGUGGAGGCGGCUGCUGCCCGGCGGCGGGGCUGGCGCCGGCGGGGGCGGCGCCGGCGGCGACGACAGCGAGCUGCGCCUGUCUUCUGAGGCCCAGGCGGCACGCGGCAGGCUGAGCAGGCUGGUGGCGCAGCCGGGCGGCGGCGGUGGCCGCGCGGCGGCAGGCUACAGCAGCCUGCCGUCAGAGGCGCCCCCCUCCCGCCCCCUCCGGGCUGCCGCGGGGGGCGGCGAAAGCACCGGCGCAGGCGGCGGCGGCGGCGACCCGUUUGCCGGCUCGCCGCCCUUUCCACCCGCUGCUGCGGGGGGCAUAAAGGCCGCCCGCGCCAAGUUCUUAGCAGGCGCAGCGGCGCCGCCGCCGCCGGGGCAGCUGCAGCAGAGGGGCAGCGUCGACGUUGAGGCGAGCGGCGGGGGUGGUGCCAGCAGCGGAGCAGCAGGCGAGGAUUGA